AUGGUGCUCGAAUUCAAUUUGAGCGGCACAUUAAACGCUCUUAAGCUUCUUUGGAACCCUAAAUUAUGUCUACCGAAAACCGUUAUAUCAAACUUUGGGGAACUGACAGUUCCUUUACAUUCAGAAAUAAAGGCAGUUGUGCUUGAUAAGGAUAACUGUUUUGCUUACCCACAUGAUGACAAAGUCUGGCCGGAGUAUGAUAACGUAUGGAAACGGUUACUUAUAGCGUAUCCAGAUUCGCACUUGCUCAUUGUCAGCAAUACCGCUGGUACUAAUGUUGAUGCUGAGCACAAGCAAGCUCAAAUGUUGGAAGCCAACACAGGUGUUCACGUUUUAAGACACGCGACUAAGAAACCAGGCUGUAAGGAUGAGGUUUUCAAAUACUUUUAUGAUAAGCAAAUCGUAAAAAGCCCAUCUGAAAUUGCUAUUGUUGGUGAUCGUCUAUUCACUGACAUUGUGAUGGCAAACAUGAUGGGAUCUUAUAGCAUUUGGAUAAAGGAUGGUGUUAAACCUAGCAACAGUCCUUUUGUUCUUCUUGAACAUAAGUUAUACGAUUUACUAAACCCUGGUAAUUAA